CUCCUCUCUCAUUAUAUCAUCAGCCACGAAACAACUCUUCUCUCUCUCUCUCGAUCCGAUUUUUUUACUAACGCUUCAUUCUCUGCAGGAUCUGUUUAAUUACGUUUCGUUUCUAAUUUUAGAUCUUCUCUAACCCGUUUCGUUAACCAAUCGCUAUACAUCGUCGUUGUUGUUUUUUCUUUUGUGAUUUUUGUAUAAUGGAUUCAGGUAUGAACACUUCUUCACACUUGAAGGCGCAAGCUCGAUGCCCACUUCAACGAAGCUAUCUCCCCAAGAAAACUUCCAAAGAAAACUGGGACAGAUUUAUACCAAACAGAUCAGCUAUGGAUUUUGACUAUGCUCACUAUGCGCUUACCGAAGGAAGAAACGAGAAAGACCAGGCAACAAAGGUAAGUACUUCACCAUCAAGAGAAGCCUACAGGAAACAAUUGGCUGAGACGAUGAAUCUGAAUCGCUCACGGAUCCUUGCCUUCAGGAACAAACCUCAAGCUCCAGUGGGAUCUCUUCACAAACUUCACUCUGUUUCUUGGCUUGACCAACAGCCUAAACCUUUAAAGCCGCGUAGAUACAUCCCUCAGACUUGGGAGAGAAUGUUGGAUGUACCUGACAUUGGGGAUAACUUCUAUCUUAACUUGCUUGACUGGGGCAGUGCUAAUGUUUUAGCCAUUGCGUUGGAUCAUACUGUUUAUCUGUGGGAUGCUUCUACAGGUUCUGCUUCUGAGCUUAUGAGUGUUGAUGAAGAGAAGGGGCCUGUCACAAGUAUCAACUGGGCACUAGAUGGUUGUAAUCUUGCAGUUGGGCUUGACAACUCUGAAGUCCAGAUUUGGGAUUGUGUCACAAAACGUAAACUGAGAACGUUAAAGGGUGGCCACCAGGAAAGAGUAGGAUCAUUGGCGUGGAACAGUCAUAUCUUAACAACGGGAGGAAUGGAUGGGAAGGUCAUCAACAACGAUGUACGAGCUAGAUCACAUGUUGUGCAAAGUUACAGGGGUCACACUUUAGAAGUUUGCGGGUUGAAGUGGUCAGGAUCUGGACAGUAUUUAGCAAGUGGUGGAAAUGACAAUGUGGUUCAUGUAUGGGACCGUUCUUCUUCUACACAAUGGCUGCACAGGCUUGAGGAACACACAUCUGCAGUUAAAGCUCUUGCUUGGUGUCCUUUCCAAACGAAUUUACUUGCAACUGGUGGCGGUGAUGGAGAUAGGAUGAUAAAGUUCUGGAAUACUAGUACAGGAGCUUGCUUGAACUCGGUAGAAACUGGCUCUCAAGUUUGUUCUUUGAUAUGGAGCAAGAAUGAAAGAGAGUUGCUUAGCUCACAUGGUUUUACUGAGAACCAGCUUACUCUUUGGAAGUACCCAUCCAUGGUGAAAAUGGCUGAGCUGACUGGUCAUACAUCACGCGUUCUAUACAUGGCUCAGAGUCCGGAUGGUUGUACCGUAGCUUCAGCAGCAGCGGACGAGACUCUGAGGUUUUGGAAUGUUUUUGGAGUACCAGAUAAAGCCAAAAAAGCUGCUGUCAAAGCAGUACCUGUGCCAUUUUCUAAUGUGACUCGUAUUCGCUGAAACUGUUGUGAAGCCAUUGUCUUUUUGUAUUUGCCACACAAGAGAAAUAUGCAGAAUCAUAUUAAAUUGUUGAGUCUCUACCUGAAACCAUUGUAUUUCUAACUAUGAAUAAUCAUGAAGUUAACUUUUUGGCCUUUUAA